GCUCAGAAGCACACUCUUCAGUUCAGUUCAUCCUUACCCUUUGCUCUCCACACUUGCAGAUAAGCUGGUUCUACCUGUGAGAGGAGAGUUGGAUAGGUGUCCAUGGCUGGGUUGCAAAGAUCGGCAACGACUUUCAGAAGGUCUGGUUCCUCGGGCUUGGUCUGGGACGAGCGUUUCCUGACCGAGGCCGACGCCGAGGCGAAGGCUGGCGAUGGUGCCGCGGAGGAGACCCAGCCGGAGCUGCGGCAUUCCCGGAGCGUCGGGAGCAUCGGCAUGAUGCGCCGCGGUGGUGAUAAUGGCGACGACAAGAAGGCGAAGCAGAAGAAGCAGAAGCAGGCUCAGGAGGAGGAGGCGCACAACAACCAGCAAGUAUUCCGGACCAAGGACGUGGCCCCGGACGUCGACCCGCCGUCGCCGCGGGUAUCGGGCUGCAUCCUCUGCUCCAUCUUCGGGAGCUCCGGCACCGGCUCCGGCUCGGCGCGCCGCCGAUCCAAGCCCAGGAAGAAGUGACGGCAAUACUUACGUACGUUGUGGUGCAGCCUGUUUCACUGUAAAGUUUGAGCCAUGGAUGUGGGCAUGUUUAUACUAUAGCCAUAUGAGCUUGCUACUCGAUAUGCAUGUGUCAGUCAGGUUAGUUCCCUUUUUUUUUUGUCAGUUUCUUGGUUCAGAUCCAUGCUUCAAACCACAGUUAGAACUUGUAGCUGGUAUGCAGCUAUUGAGAUCUGGAAUCGUUCUUGGUUCCGUUUGGUGUUUA